AAUAAUUGUUUCUCAUUUCCAGAUCUCACCGGCGCCUUAUCAGAUCGUGUCCGCCUCCCCAAGGCGAAGACUUCUCCUCCUAGGUCUCCGGUCGUGUCGCCUCCGCUGCGCGAGACCUUCUCCUCUUGGGAAGGCGAUGAAACAGUAGCACGGCCAGAGUGCCCUAAUUCUUUCUCCGCUCCCGGAUCAAGUUCGCCGGUGCUCCUCACUGCCACCCGCCUCAUCAGAUCGUCUUCGCCUCCUUACUCCGACACCAUAUUCUGCUGGGGAUCAAGCACGGAGCGCCUUCUUCCCCAACACAGCUACACAGAGAGGCGACGGAUCACGCUCGCCAUGCCAACAUAGCUCGACUGCCGUCGACCCGUCGUCGCUGCUGGAUCUGCGCGUCUCCAGUCCCAGCCGACGGAGCACCAUGCCGGACUGGAGAGGUGACACCCAGCUCGGGGACCUUCCCAAGGAGCUGAUUGACAGCAUACUCGUCCUGUUGCCGUCCAAGGACGUCGGCCGCUGCCGGGCCAUCAGCAAGUCGUGGCGCAGUAUCACCUCCACGUCUGAAUUUAUGCUUGAACACCAUCGCCGCCAGCCGUCGCUCCCCAUCAUCAAUGGGGAGGGCUGGCCUUCGAGUUUCGUCCUCUUCCGCCAGGCCGGCACCAGUUCCUCCAAUCAAAAGCUCUGGCCAUUCAACCCAGGCACCAGAUUCCAUUCAGAUAGUUGCCUCCAGGGGACUUGUGAUGGCUUGAUCAUCGUCAACUGGGGAUCCCGGUUAUACGUCUGCAACCCGGUCAUCCGCAAACAUAUUCUCCUACAACAGCCUCAAGCUGGGCAGGCCUACAACCGAGUAAGCGGUUUCUACCGGCACCAUCCAACAGGAGAACACAGGGUUCUCUUGGUCUCAACUCCAUGUCAGGGUAAAUCCAACUUAUAUGUCAUCACGGUUGGAUCUACCGAUCCGAGACAUGUCACAGUGAAAAUGCCAAUCGUCCUGUCAUCUUAUGUGGAACAUAGGUUCCUGGUUAGGCUGCUCCCUGGGUCCUAUUGUCCGCCACCAGUCCAGCACCGUGGUAGCCUACACUGGUGCCCUCCUUGUGGUACUGGUGAUAUUCCCAGAGGCAUUGGAGACAUUAUUGUGUUUGACACAGAAGCCGAGUCAUUCCGAUGGAUGCACACUCCUGCCCAGCCAUACUCUGAUAAGAAGUUGUUUGAGAUGAAGGGGGAACUUGCUUUCUGGGGCGGCAGAUACUCCAGCUCGAAUAUCGGUUUAACCGUCAUCGAUGUCUGGGUGAUGCAGGAUUACAAGGUCGGAAUAUGGGGUUUCCAGUACCGGAUUGACCUCUCAACGUUGGAGGCAUCACGGCAACUAUAUCUAUCUUCUCACAAAAAGAAAAAGAAAAUACCACUUCAUUCAGCACUACAAUGGUUCAACGAUGUGGUUCUGCUCAACGAGCGUGAGCUGCUGAUAAGGUUUAAUUCAGAACAUGUGCUGCGUUGCGACACUGAUGGUAAGUUUUUAGGUAUGGUGAACAUUGGGAAGAGUCAAUAUCGCAUGAUGCUCACCCAGUACUACCUCAGUGAGAGCAUUAUUCCAAUUCCGUCCAAUGAUAUGCAAGAAGAUGACGAAGUGCCUCCGUUCAUAGGGCAUAUCUAAAUGUUUGCGACUUCUGGUUUGUUUUAUCCUUGGAUUUUGGACAUGCCAUUUUGGAUGGCUGAGGACUUGCAGUAGCAGUUUGCUGUCAUCAGCUGCUGCUUAUUAAUUAUGAUGCCAUGAACAUCUUCCUAAUGCUCUGAACUGUGGAGUAUGUAUAUAUGUUAUUGAAACCUUUUCUACUGUUCAUCGCUGCUCCAAAUUUUACUUUUCUUUCACAUAUUUCCAUCUAUAUAUGUCUGUUCUUGCGUGUUAGUCGCUGAAA